GAUGCUCUGAACGCAAGACUGCAGCAUCUUCACCGAGAGAACGAGCAGGACAAAAAAAAAAAACCCGUCUCUUUCUCUGUGUGUUCCUCCAACUCCGCGACUCCGGACCCUCUUCACCCACCCCGUCACCCCUGGGUGUCUUCAUGAUCGGAGCCAGAACAGGAUAAGAAGAAAGAAAUUAUAUAUAAUAGCCUACAAAUAACGCAUCGGAUUUUUUUUUUUUAUUAUUGCUUCAACGACCUUUUCCUUUCUUCGGUUGAUAUCGCCUCUUUGUCCUUCGGUAUUGUUAUUUUGUUUUGUGUUAUUUAUUGUUCCGUUUCGCUGGCUGUUGCAGAGGAGCGCCACCAUCCUGCCAUCCUGACAUGAGUACGCUCUUUUAUCUGGUUGCAGCGGAAUGACACACAUAUCCUCAUAGUUCUCAUAUCAGAAAGGUUGAUGGAAGAUUGACGCUCCAUUUGCACGUUUUCAGUAGCCUAGACCAAUCUCCAUCUGCAGAGGUUUCGGAUUUUUAUUUUCCGCUCUCUGACUCGCUCAUCCGCCACUCCAGCGUUUCUUUCUUUCUGUCCCUGCGCAGCAUCUCUGUACGCACGGCGCACUACGGAGAAACGCGCAGCUAACCUUCUCCGUCCGUAAGAAACAGGCGUUUUUUUUUUCUAAUUCCCAAAUAGCUUUUCGCCUUCUCCGAGGACUCAUCUGUACGGCUACGCUGCGUGAAAAAAAGAAAGACGGGAAAAGGGGGGAUUUAAAACGCAAACGCAGCCAAAGCAUCCAAGAGCAAGCUCGAAAAUGAUGGCCGGCGGAGCAGUACAGCAAAACGGGAUUUUUUCAAAUCCUCACCAUCACAAUCAACAACCACACAUGGAGUCCGAUCCCCCGGACUCGCGUAAAAGACCCCUGGAGACUCCGACGGAGGCCAGCAGCACCAAACGCACAAACACAGGAGUGGCCUUCCUGCAGCCCCUAUUUGAAACUGAAGGCAUUGUAUUCCCUCACCAAGAAACUGAGACUCAUGAGGAAGGCGAGUACUUCCUGAAGGUUUUGAUUCCCAGCUAUGCGGCGGGUUCUAUCAUCGGUAAGGGAGGUCAGACCAUCGUCCAGCUGCAGAAAGAGACCGGAGCCACCAUCAAACUGUCCAAAUCCAAAGACUUCUAUCCCGGGACGACAGAGCGGGUGUGUCUGAUCCAGGGGACAGUGGAGGCGCUGAACGGUGUCCAUGACUUCAUUGCUGAGAAGGUGAGGGAGAUGCCUCAGAGCACCCAGAAGACAGAGCCAGUCAGCAUCCUGCAGCCACAGACCACCGUCAACCCCGACCGCGUCAAACAGGCGAAGCUGAUUGUCCCCAACAGCACGGCAGGGCUGAUCAUCGGUAAAGGUGGAGCCACAGUUAAGGCGGUGAUGGAGCAGUCCGGGGCGUGGGUCCAGCUAUCCCAAAAGCCCGAGGGCAUCAACCUGCAGGAACGCGUUGUCACCAUCAGCGGGGAGCCAGAGCAGAACCGCAAGGCCGUCGAGAUCAUUGUCCAGAAGAUCCAGGAGGAUCCGCAGAGCUCUUCCUGCCUCAACAUCUCCUACUCCAACAUCACAGGACCCGUCGCCAACUCCAACCCCACUGGCUCCCCAUACGCCAACUCCACCGAGGUAAUGCCGUCCGCGGCAGCCGCUGCAGCAGCCACGGCUUCCUCUCUGCUUGGCCAGGCCAGCCUGGCUGGAGUCGGGGCCUUCCCAACCACCAUGUCCAGCCUCUCAGGCAACGACCUGCUGGCCAUCACCUCCGCCCUCAACACCCUGGCCAGCUACGGCUACAACACCAACUCCCUGGGCCUGGGGCUGAAUCCCGCUGCAGCCUCAGGGGUGUUAGCAGCUGUGGCAGCUAACGCUAACCCGGCAGCAGCCGCAGCAGCUAAUUUGUUAGCAUCCUACGCCAGCGAUGCAUCCACCAGCGCAGGUCACCCAGCGGCAGGUCUCGGAGGCUUCUCCCUGGGAUCCCUGGCUGCCGCUACAGGGGCCACCAAUGGCUACUUAAGCGCCGCAUCGCCCCUGGUGGCAUCAUCUCUACUGGCCACGGAGAAGCUAGCAGAAGGAGCAAAGGAAGUCGUCGAGAUCGCUGUGCCAGAAAACCUGGUGGGAGCCAUCUUAGGGAAAGGAGGGAAGACGCUAGUGGAGUACCAGGAGCUGACUGGCGCCAGGAUCCAGAUCUCCAAGAAAGGCGAGUUCAUCCCUGGAACUCGGAACAGGAAGGUGACCAUCACAGGUUCCCAGGCCGCCACACAGGCUGCACAGUACCUGAUCAGCCAGCGAAUCACUUACGAGCAGGGGGUACGUGCCACCAACCCACAGAAGGUGGGCUAAACCUGACAGCCAAUGAGAAACGAGGAGGAAAAGAGGAAGAAAAAAAAAAGAGUGGGGGUUUGGGGGAGGAGUAUAAAAAAGUGAGAGUGAGAAUGGAAGAAGGAGAGGAGAGCAAGAAUGUCAGAAGGAAUCGUCCGCGCCGUUUUCUUCUGCGUGUUUUCAGUAUUCUCUAUUAAAAAAAAAAAAAUUUGACGCGAAGCAAAAAUGUGCUGAGAAGACGAGGAGGGAGAGGAGUGAGUUAUCACGCUGAAAAACCAAGAAAAAAAUGUGUAACAUGUAAAUAAGGUUUUAUUACUUAACGUCUUGACCUUUCGGGAUUUUUUAUUGUUUUGUUUCAUGGUUUUGUUUAGUAAAUUAAGCUGUCUGUUUGUUUGUUUGUUUGUGUAUUGUGUGGACAAAGCUGAAUGCCAUGUAGACAGGCCGACUGCCUGAGAGGUGACAGGAAGUAGGGGGAGGGAGGGAAGGGCAUGGGCACGGAGAGGGGGAGGGUUUGCGUUUACAGGGUACAACCCUCCGCCCCCCCAACCCAAAAUCCCUUAUGGAAACAACCCUUACCCCUCCCUCCCCCUGCAUCCCACACCCCACACCCUCCCGUAGGGUUUUUGUUUUUCUUCUAGUUUUGAUUUGCCCCUCGGCCCCUGGCCCCGCCUCCUCCCAAAGCCUCUCUCACUACUUGCCCACAGCCUUGCCCUGCCCUCCCCCCUCCUCCCUUUUACAAGGGUUUAUAAUGAGCAAGACUGCAAACUUAAGGUUGGUGUGUGAGGGAAGAAACGUCCUCGAAUCCCCCCCAACCCCUUUUAUUCUCUCCCCCGCCUAUGAUCUCACCUCCCCCCUCUGCCCCUCUUUCUGAGAGAUGAAGAAAGGGUGAAGUGAAAUUGGGGUGUGGGGGGGGAGAAAAUCAGCUGGGCGUUUCUUCAUUUGCACACCGCCCCCCCUGUAUACCCUGUGAUGUAUCCCACUAGCAGUGCAGCGCCGCAGGUGUUAUGGCACGUAGCCCCCCACCCCCACCCCUCCCAGCCCACACGCGCAGCUCUACUGUUUGAGAUAGAAUGCCGAGGCGCACGCUGAUGAUCUCACGUAGUGCGAAACCGACGAGAGUGAUACUGUGCAAGCUGCGGCAAAACACAGGAUCUAUGGCAUCUUUUUGCAGUCUGCUGUGAUAAUUCUGUUAAUGAUAAUGUCAUGACUAUUACGAUAGGAAUCAUCACCAUCGUCAUUAUUUAUUAAUGAGUUCACCCAUAAAAAGCUCAGUUGUUUCUUUAUUUUUUAUCUGUGAAUUCAGGUUGACAUGAAUGUAAAUGAGACUAUUUUUGAUUUGAAUCUUUUGUUUUAAUUUAAGUGGAUUGAAGAUGAAUAGUAAUGUCACAUAGUGUAAUAUAUGUCUUAUUUAAGUCCAGUAAGAAAGCCGCCCCAGGCAUUAAUAUCAUCGCAGUGAAGGAUCACCUUAUAUAUCCAGUCAAAGAGCAGAACAGGGAACGCGCACACACACACACAUAUAUAUACACACACACACACACACACACACACACACACACACACACACACACACACACACGUACACACUGAAACAAAAUAAUAUGAUGCCAUAUUUGGUGCUAGAAAAGGGAAUUCACCAUAUCUAUGAUGCAGACUGCAUUAGCAAGACAAUAUCUGAAAACCACUCACACCACAGGCUGCAGUGCACCAUCUUAGCAGCUAUAUUAAGCUCUAACGCCUGGUCAUUCUAAAUCUGUAGUAAUAUGCCCUGUUACAGUUUGCCCACAAAGCUAAAUUGGAACUGAACUGAAUAAUUGAGUUGAACUGAGCCUAGUUCUCAGAUGAACUGCUACUGCCCAGCCUGUGGUCUUACAAACCCUUCAGACAAACCCAAUCUACAGACUAGAUCAAGCAAGAGCACUUAAGACUACUGAGAAAUGCAAACAUUGAGAAACACUGAAACAUGACGAGGGAACGUUGUUCGUCCGGUGUCCACUGCUAAAUCUGCGAGCCUCACUGGUAGAUUUACUAUUUUGAGACAGCGUGUAUAUCAGUAAAGGAGAGAAAUAGCCUCACUGAUCUUUGCCCUUAUCAGGCAACCGUCCGACUGCCGCUGAGGUAAAAGGCAGACAUGACAGAUUUUCAACAUACGUCCAGGGAGCUGAGCUCGUUUCUGCCUCUGGCAAACUGCAGGUCUCCCAUGGCAACAGGUUUACGGCCCACUGUAGACACAAGAGGCUGCUGAAGAUGCUGUUGUUUCUUUUGUUGUUAAUUUUUUUGUUUGUGUCGUGUGUUUUUUUACAAUCGGAGUACACUGAAUUUUUGUCUUAAUGCACUGUGAAGCGAGGGAGCGGUUCUCUCUGCCUAUGAGGUUUAGGGAUGUGUGCUGUAGGCGGCAUCGCGAUUGGACGGUUUUUGUAUGGCAGGGAUAAAAAAAAAAUAAACACACAUAUAUGAAUAUAUAUGUAGAAUGCAUAUGAAGAACUUCACCAGAAAUGUACGUCGUAAUGAAUACUGAAAGAGGAGAAAGAGACUAGAUCGAUGAAGAGGAUCAAUCAAUUGAGGUCACGAGUUGAGAUCAAUUAGAUUCUGCUUACCUGUUGUCUUGGAAAAGUGUUUUGUAAUCAGAGGGUGGGAUGUUGGGGGAGUGUUAGGUGUCCAGUAGCAAAUUAAAGUGACUGGAACAAAUUAUAAAUUCACUUUUCUAUCGCAGCUGUGUCUUUUUCAUAAACAGUUGAAAUUGAUAAUGUACUGUACAUCCAAUGGGCAAACCCCUGGACACAUAUUUAAGUCCAACAGGAGUUGAAGUGUGACGGAAUGUAAAAUGCCAAAAAUGAGGAGGGGGUGCAUUUGAUUUAUUGACCUAAACAGCCUGGUGAGGGGAGGGAACUCCUCCGAGAUAAAAAAAAAAACGAAAAAAAAAACUUUUUUUUAUUCUUUUUAAACCAAUCCGACCCAAAAUCCUCCACUGUGCUAUCGAAUGUGUCACUCUCUGUUGGAGCGCCAGUGAGGGUUUAUCUCCACAGCUUGGUAAGGAGGCUUCUUUACUCCCAUCUAACACCAUCCACACUCACCCUCCCUCCCACCCAGUGCACUCCCAUCCUGACACCCCCUCUCCUCCUACUACAUCGCUCCAUGGGUGACUAUGUCUGGUAUUACGAUCAAUGCAUGUCUGCUGCUUGCCCUGACAAACACCACAGAUUGAGUCUCUCUUCUCUUUGCCUCCUCGGGCGGCUGAGGCUCGGAGACACCACGAUGCACCACCAUCAGAAAACGACCACGCCUGCAGACGGAGUCAUAGUUGAGGCUGGCAGGGCACAGUGCAUAAACCCUCUUAUCUGUAGUUUGGAUCAGUGAGUUUUAUUUUUAAUAAGAGAAAUAUUGUUGAUUUGGAAUAGCUUGCUGCACAAACAUAAAACAUACACAUCGUGAGGGAAUAUUUUGCCAUUGAUGGGGUUUGACUGGAUUUAUGUUUGAUAUUUUGUGGCAAAAACCUCAUUAAGACCAUAGAAAGAUAGUAGUCGUUGUAGAUAGUGUGCUUUUGUUCCACUGUAGUACUGUACUGUGCUGUAAACAGUCAGUAACCGAUUUCCCAGUUUAUUUAGUGCACGUUACGCCAGGUUUGAGCAGGUAGAUUACUGCUUGUUUUAUCAUUCAUCAAGCAAAAAUGGCAAACAAUUACUGAUAACAGCUUUCCAAAUGUGAGGAUAUGCUGCUCUUAUUUGUCUUGUAUCAUUGUACGUUGGAUAUGUUUGGUGUUCGGACUGUUGGUCAGACAAAACAAGGAAUUUGGACGUAGCUGUUCUGGUAACUUGACUGUUUUCACUAUUUUCUGACAUUUUAUAGACUGAACAAAUAUUCAAUUCAUCUAAAUUAAGAUUUUGAAGAUGAAUGCUUAAUUAAAGAUUCAUUCCUCCAUUCAGACAAACCUGCUUCUAUGGAAAACCGAUGGUGGGGAUUCUUUAUCGCAGUCAGAGCAGGUUCAGUUUGUUGUACAACUUGCCUCAUUGCUAACUUACUUUGUAAGCAGCACAGUGCGUUUACAGUGGAAAAACUGCAUUGAAAUUCCUGAUAUAGGUGCCAGUUGAGUUGAUUACUACUGGACGGAUUUCUUUUUCAUCUCAUUAAUUAAACCUUAGAAAGAUCUUUUCUUAGUUUGUCUUUUAUACAGCGGCCAAUCUCUUAAGUUAUGUUAAUGUUAGGGGGUCGAGAUAAAAUGUGAUGAGUACUGGAAGCAAUACACGUAGUGGCAUGUUGUCCUGUCCUUUAUCCUCUGUCUGCUUUGGAUUUAGAUGUUGAAUAGGUUUACAUUUUAUUUUAUUUUUAAUUUGUGGACAAUGCUGCUAUACAAUAACUGAUGUACUAAAAAUACAAGGUUAAAACAUAUCGAAAUCUGUCCUUUAGCUGGAGAGGCUAGUCUCAAUACGAGCUCUGUUAUAAGCUGACGAUAAGUUAAUAAUAGUGUAAUUCUAACCUGAACAAGUUAAACCUGUGCCAAAAUAGGUCUUUACAAAGUGAAACUGUAAAUGUGUUGAACCCACAUAAGAUAAGAGGAAACAUACUUUUAUAUUAAGAAAAUGUGAAAAGUGCCAAAUGAACCAUAUUUAUAAUUUACGUAGGAAGAGAGUGGUCCACGUGACAGUUUUUAAGAACUAAGUAGACUAACUGUCAAAGCGCCUCAGUAUAGCAGUUUGUUUAAACCCUCUCUGUUCCUGCCACAAGACGAGGGACCGCCAUGUUAGCUGAGGAUUAGCCAGUCCUCUGGGAACUACACUUCCCAGAAUGCAACAGCACUAUGACUCUGGGGGCUAGACAAAUCAACAUAGCGAUAGGUUAGCAUAAUUAUGCUAAAAAAAUGUGACUUGAUAGCAUUCUUAAAUACAGCCUUUUAUAGUUACAAUGAAAAUGUAUUUUGUGGAAAUAGAUGUUAUCUUUUUUGCACGUCUAUAUUGCAUGAUAUCAAAGUAAAGCGUGGACAAA